CGCAUCCGGACUGCGGAUUGAAACUAAAUGCGUCUCUCGGGCUGGCGCGUUGAAAUGGCCGCGAGGAGACUCGGGCGGGUUUGUUCGCGGCCGCCGCGCCGCCCGUCGACAUGGACAGCUUCGUCGCCGUGAGAUUGUCGGGCGAAAGUUCCUCUCUGCAUGCGACGCAUCGUUUUGAGCUCAAGAGCGCAUGGUUGCUGCAUCAGGAGACGUGGAUCGAGCUGUUGAUCAUGAUGUUUAACGUGGUCAUCUUGUGCUCCCUCAUCUCCAUAUCCCUCACCUUCUGGGUUUUCUCACUCAUGCUCAACUAUCACUAUGGAACUUUGACUGUGUCUCCCUGGCGCUGGUUGCUGUCUGUGGUCAUCCCAUUAUUCAUCACUUACCGAGGGCUGCAAAAGAAAAGUCUGGAUCGAAGCGGGGCCAUGGCAGCACUGAUUGUCGGGUUUGUGUUAACAUCUUCAAACUACUGCUUCUUUGCAUCAAUGCUGGUGUUUUAUAUGACCUCCUCAUGGCUCACUAAGUGGAAGGGUGAGAUAAAGAAACGGCUGGAUCCUGAGUAUAGAGAAGGCGGACAGCGCAACUGGGUUCAGGUGUUCUGCAACGGCGGCGUUCCCACCGAACUGGCGCUGCUUUAUGUGAUCGAGGUGGGGCCCGGGCAGCUGCCCAUUGACUUCUCGUCGCACUACUCUGCCUCGUGGCUCUGCCUGGCACUCCUGGGGGCCCUCGCGUGCAGCUGCGGCGAUACGUGGGCCUCCGAAGUGGGGCCGAUUCUGGCUCGCUCGUCGCCGCGCCUUGUCACCACGGGCUGCAAGGUGCCCCCUGGCACCAACGGCGGUGUGACAGUGGUGGGGCUGCUCGCCAGCCUGUGCGGUGGACUGUUGGUGGGGCUUGCCUUCUUUGUGACGCUCUCUGCCUUGAGCUCGCGGGAGCUCGACCGCGUGCCCUCCCAGUGGCCGCUCAUCGUGUACGGUGGUGUGGCCGGUCUCCUGGGAUCCCUGAUCGACUCGUAUCUCGGUGCCUCCAUGCAGUACUCAGGAUACGAUGAGCACCGCGGUGUCGUGGUCAAUGUGCCGUCAACACAAACCAAGCACAUCUCUGGAAGGCCAAUCUUGGACAACAAUGGUGUGAACCUCAUUUCUGCUGUUAUAGUUGCUGUCAUGUUCCCAGGAUUUGCGUGGGCAUUCUGGCCCCGUCGCUAAACUAUCCGUUGGCGUGACGAACACUUGAAGGACCGUAACGGUGCGAGGGGUAUGCAGUCAGCAGGAUGAAGAUGCUUACAAAAUAGCUGCACCAACCUAUUGCUAGUCAAUUAAAAUGUGUACCAAUCGCAUUGUGAUUUUGUGUUAGAAGUCUCGAUGAUUUGUACCUUGCAUAUCUUAGUACAAUUCUAAGUCAAGUUUGUGGCCUUUGCCAGUGGUUGACUACCCGUUGUACCAAGUCAAACCAUUUGGUUAUAGAUACUCUCAAGUAGAGAGGGGUGGAUUAACAGACAUUUAAAGUGAAUUUGGCAUAAAUAAGUAACUGCAUUUGCAGGAUUGGUUGUAAAAAAUAUUGAAUUGGAAGCCAAUGGAACUGCUCACACUAUAUAGAGUUUCAAUUAUAUGCUUUAGUGUCAAUGUACCUGUUAUAUUAUAAGCAUAUACUGAUGGAGUAUUGAAAUACUCCUGAUACAUGGUAGGUGCAGCUUUUUAAAGCUUAUGUUUUUCAACAUUGCAAAUGCCCCUUACAAUACCAUUUUUUUAGGGAUCUGUAAUGUUUUGCCUAAUAAUAACUAAUAAUUCCAUUUAUAUGGUGCUUUUCAGCAGCGUGGUACCGACAGAUUUCCCUCCAGAGCUGACAUGACCUUGUGUGUGAUUUAUCUUUUUUAAAGACCACUCUGUCAACUUCAGUUUUCACUACAGUACGCAUGUCAGCAUUUGGACCUAAAUUCUUUAUGACAAAAAAAACCUUAGUCAACAAUAAAUUGGUGUCUUUACAGCAGCUCAGCCACACUAUUCCAGAGACAACUUGCGAUUUGAAUUAAGGUAGAUGCCACUUUAUAUUUAUACAUUUUUCACAGCAUACAAUUGGGAACAUGUUUUCCUUUGUUUUCGUAUAGUGAUGUGGAAAUUCUGAAACGUUAUCAUGGCUUAAUAUUUCCUGGAGGGCCAUUUCUUGUACAUUACACAUCAGCUGAUUGUAAAUGGCCAUUGCCAGGUAUGGUUCUUACGCGUGAAUCUCAUGCAUGGCAGAUGGGCCAGUUCCGACCGCAAGCCAUUGUAGGUUACUUUUUUCUAACUGCUGCCUCCGAAACACCUCUCCUCCGAUUCGCACUCCAUGGUGUACGGCACUUAAUGAUUUCCUUACCAACUUACCAUUCCAUUUUAAGUGAGGCAAAUGUCAUCUACCACUGCCACCUCUAACACUUUUUGCAUUUACUUAGUUUUACUGCAUGUAUCCUUGACCUUAAAAAAAUAAUAAGGCCAUGGUCGUGCAGCUAUUUGGUAAAUAUUUUGAGUGAGCCAUCUCUUUGCAGAAUAGCUUGUAUAGGAGAAAGUCAAGCUUGGGGAACAAGGUCUGUACAAUACUGAGGAUGUUGGCCGCUGUUAGAUAUCCUUGAGUUGUUGGUGAUUGGUUACGGAGCUCUGGGAGGGCUUUAAGACUUAGGUCUGAAUCUAAAGUAAUUCAUGUAAUUUAUCACGAAACUAUUAUGAUUGAUGGGGGCAGAAAUAUCUGUUUUCACGUAUAAAUGCAGUUGACAUAUCUAAACAAUAUUGACGAGGUAUAGAGGGAACAGCAAUGUCGUAUAUAUAUAUUCCUCGUUGAACACUAAUUCUUACCUAUUUGGCCUUGACAAUCUAACUGAUUUUUUUCCCUCCAGUAGUAAAGAUGCUUUAUCUUUCAUCUCAGUGAUACAUUUGCUUUAGCUCUUGCGUGUAAUCCGAAUUUCUCACGGAACUUAAGUUCUUCCCAUGAGUGCCACCAUUCACAACGUGGAUAAAAUAACGGACAGCCCUUUGCCAAUCCACUGCUGAAUGAUGAAGGCCUUCUGCCGUCCGGUCGCCGGGUUAAUGCUGCAGUGCGCCAAUCGCCGCCGCUGCUCCCCAUGGCUAAAAUAAGUUCAUGGCAACCGCAGAAUAUUGUUAUUGAGUAGCAAAGUGUUUAUAUUGAAGUCGAGUUAAUUUUGCUUUGGGUGCACAGGAAAGGAUGUUAUUUCUCUCUUCGUGUGCAUUAAAUAGAGUUGCUGCAUUUGCAGCAAGUAAAUAUAUGAAAGUGUUUAUCAAAAAUUGCUGUUUAAACAGUUAGGCAAUACGUUUCUUUGGACUUUGAGUCUGGUUUGCACAUUGAUAUAAAGUUGUUUUAAUAUACUUGAAUUGCAUUUACAUGCACUAUGCAGAAAUGCAAUAGUUUUUUUGUACUUGGAUUUACACAUUAUUGCAAAUGUUAUUUGGUAGAGACCAACAUAAUUCCUAUUUUCAGGCUUAAUCACAGUUUUUUUUUAGGCUUGCUCAAAAUUACGUUGAUUAUCGUCAGGGCAUUAUCAUCGAAUGCCUUGCAGGGUUUCCCUGAGGGAGUAUGCAUGGUGCGUCGUGGACUGCUAGAGGUGCAUUUUAUUGAGCGACCGGGGCCCCCUUGUGCUUUUCAGGGCAUGGCAAAGGCCGACAAUGCAUAUAGAAGAUAAUUGUCAUUUUCUCUUGAAAACGUAUUCCUCACGACAAUAAAGGGGCAUUUUCUUCUGAAUCAAAUGAUGUUGGUUAGAGUUCACUUGCUUGACCUUGUUCUCUUAGUUGGAACCUCUCCCGGCAUACUUUCUUUGUUUCAUGCAUUAGGCCGCAUUCUUGUUAACCAUUUGAAGUGAUUUUUUUUUCCCAUAUUGCAUAUGGCUGGGAUUUAAAUCGUUUUGAAUGGGGAAAAAAUUAUUGGGGCACAAUGUGACCGUUAAAGAUUAAUCUUAUCAAGCUCUACAAAGUACACCGCGCCUCUUGUUCAUGCCGUGGCUGAUGCAUAUUACAGUCUACCAGUGUCGUAACGAGGCUGUAACCGUUUCUUUUUGCACUCUGCUGCACAUACACACGGUGCGUUCACUUAAUCUUGAACUGGGUCAUGCACCAAAUUUUGAGCACGUUGUGCCCCAUACCGAUUUCAAAUGUUUUUUUUUAUUUGUUCACAAGAGGAUUGUGCACGGUCUCACUUUUUUAUGCUUGUGUGCAUUUGCUCAAAGCCAUAUUAUUAAACGUUGGACUUGUUUUAUUUGGCCACAUGGAUGCAGAAACCACGCACAUUGAUUUUACAGUUGCUUGUCAAUCUUAAGUAAAUAUGCUUUUACGUAAAAACUGGAGACGGCUACUUCGAUGAAUGUCUUGACGAAAAAUGUUAUGUUUGAAUAAAAAUAAACUGCACUGAUUAAAAAAAA